AUGGCUGACAACGCAGAGACCAUUCUCCUCCAGGGAGGUACAAUCCUCCAGCACGGGCCGGACGACAAAGUCCAUGUGCUCCAAGACACGGACCUUCUGAUUGAAGGAGACCUUAUCAGCAAAAUCGGGAAAGACUUGGAGGCGAGUCCUCAUGCCAAAGUGAUAGGCUGUCGCCACAAAAUAGUCUCCCCGGGCUUCGUCGACACGCAUCACCACGUCUGGCAGACACAGUUGAAGGGGAGACACACGGACGACACCCUGCUCGACUAUACCGCGAAAGGAAACUGGCAGCCGUUCAACUACACGGCCACUGAUGUCUUCUGGGGCGAGCUGGGAGGUUUACUCGAGGCCAUCGAUGGCGGCACAACAUGUAUUGUCGACCACGCCCACAUGGCAUACUCGGCGAGCCAUGGCCUUGCCGGGUUGGCCGCUACGCUCACUGCCGGGAUACGGUCCGUCUACUGCUUGAGCUUGACACCUCGACUCGACAGGUGGGAUACUCAAAUCGUAGCCAACGGUCAGCUGGAGCCGGACUGGUUCUUCCCGCUACUGAGCGACCUCGAGAAGCAGUGUCGGCAAACUCGCAGGAAGGUGGCCAUCGGGUUUGGCUUCGAUUCAUAUACGUUGCCGUCCGAGGACGUGAUUCGCAUCUUCGACAGCGCGCGAAAGGCCGGGGCCAAGGUGAUCACGUCGCAUUGGCGAAGGAACAACAUAGCAGGAAUGGGACUGUCGGUGCCCAAAGCACUUGAACAAUAUGGGCUUCUCAAGCCUGACAUCAUCCUCUCUCACGCGACCGGGUCGACCGAAGAAGAAUUGCAGAUCUUGCAGAAGUCCGGAGCCUUUGUCUCUACGACGCCUGGGACGGAAUCUCAAAUGGCUCACGGAGAAGUCAUCGGUUUCCGAAAGGACGUUCGAGCCUCCAUCGGCGCCGACUGCCAUUCCAACAAUCCAGCAAGCCUGCUUCACGCCAUGCAAGUCGGUCUUGCAGUAGCGAGAUCGCAUCGCAAUUCCAGGAUCUUGGCCGACGGCGAAUUUCCAAAGCGAAUCGAGCCUACGACGGAGCAUGCUUUCAACCUGGCAACAAUGCUAGGAGCACGAGCCGCAGGUCUUUCCGACAAGACCGGCAGCUUGGUCGAGGGCAAGGCGGCGGAUAUCAUCGUUAUUGACGGCAACACACCUGCCAUGUGUUGCGCUUAUGAGCAUGACCCUGUCGCAGCGGUAGUUAGACACGCUGGCGUCCAGGAGAUCGACACUGUUAUUGUUGGAGGCAAGCUCCUCAAGGAGAAGGGCCGUCUGGUUGAUGUCUCCUUCCGUGGUCCCGAAAUCUGGGAUGGUAGUGAGGAUGUCAUCGCUACGUUUGGCCGUGGAAGCAUCCCGUGGGCCACAGUUGCAGAACAGCUGAGGUAUACGAGGCUGCAAAUACAACGGAGAAUAGAUUCUUGUGACAUGGAUGUGGCAAAGGCAGAGAUACUCAAGCUCUGGGGCUCACAGGCAAGUGUAAACUUGCUAGUCUGA